UGUUUUGUUGUUUGGCUAAAGAUGGCGUUAGCGGCUAACACAGGCGAUUGCAUUUUGUUUCCACAAAAUUAUUCGACCAGUGUUAACAAAACAUUGACCAAAAUUAGCUUUAAUUCGUUAUUCAGGGUGUAAAAGUGUAUUAUAUUGAGAACAAGGCACGUUCAGUACGUACACUAACGUUUCGUUCGGCCUUCGCACGAUGUAGGCCUAUUUUAGGGAGUGGACCGAGGCUGCUGGAACUCCAUCUCCCAUCGGCGACUGCGGCGUCAGGUGGUACACGUUUGCUUGUCAAUGGUAUCUGUAGUUUCAUGAACCUAGAAGUUUUUGCAAACUUUGAAAAAUGAGAGAAUCAAGGCGGGAAAAAUAUUCACGAUUCGAGUAGCGGUUUUAAACGAAAUGAUGUUUUAUCUAUUAAUAUUUCCUGUAAAAUCCAUGCUUGACCGUGUGUAAACAAAAAAAACCUGUCUGAACUAAGAAGAAACGAACCAGAGGGACCAUGGCCGUAUCACCUGUUCAGGGUGACUGGAAACAAUCCCGAAUACCUACCAAAGAAGGGACUCCAUCAUCACCUGAGUCCUCUUUGACGUGGUGUUUGGCCCACCUUUUUAAACCCAAAUCUGGAGCUGAGCAUCAUGGGCAUGAAAAGUCUGACUCAGGUGGUGGCAAAGACAUGGACAAGAGGUUCAAGGUCUCUCAAUGGAGAGCCCUGGUUGCUAUAAGGACGCAACAUAUCAAAGGUGACAAGGCUGGCAUUGCAAGAUUCAGAACUCAAGGUGGUCUCAAACCACUGCUGGACCUUCUUAAAGACCCAGAGUGCUCCAGGAAAACUCUGGACUUGGCUCUCAGCAUCUUGGCAAACUGUUGCACAGAGCUUGAGACACGAAUAGAGGUCCAUAAACUUGAUGGAAUAAAUAUUGUGGUUGAGAUCCUGAAGAGAAAUGUGGCCCUGGUGACUGUCCAGAACAGAGCAGCCCGCGCUUUGGGAAACCUGGCCAUGGAUCCAGAGAGUUCUGCACUCAUCCACUCAGCUGGUGGUGUUCCCCUUCUCCUCCUCUGUGUGUCUCUUUCCUCUGCCCCGUCAUCCCCUACUGCUGCUCCAUCCAAAGACCCCUGUCCCAAACUGGAGUGCGCUCAGUCAGCCGCCCGAGCUCUCCUCUACCUCUCAGAUACGCCCUCUAACCGCCUGUCGCUGCUCACCCAAGGGACCUUGUCUGCCCUCGCCCCGCUUAUCGCCCCAGAAUACCCACAGGGCCUGAGGCGGACUGCACUCAGGACCAUCCACGAGCUGACCCGAGGCUGUGGCGUUGAAUGUGCCAGGGAGGUAUCCCGUUCUGGAGUCCUAGCUCAGCUUGGCGUCAUGGCCACCGAGGAGUCCGGAAAACCUUUCGAGGAGCUGGCACUAAAAACUCUGGCCAACUUGUGUUCCCAAGGUUGCCUGCGCCCUCUUGUGGGGUCUUUGGGCGUCAUAAAGAAAUUCACUGAGGAGGUGAAAAAGGAUCAGCUAAAGUCUGGGGUCUUCUUCAAGGCGUUGUGCUUGUGCUGCAAGGAGGCAGUUAACCGUGCCAAAGUGAAGGAGAACGGCGGAUUGGAGGUGCUAAUAGGCUUCUUAGCCUCCCAUCAGAGUCAUCCCCUUUCCCGGCUGGCCAUCCAGGCCUGUGUGGACUUUGUGUUUGACGAAUCCGCCAUGGAGCAGCUGCAAGAGUUGGGGCUGGUCCCUCUGCUUGUUGCAAGACUUGUCGAGCUCAGCAGAGGCGAGGAGCAAUCUACGGAGAAGACAGAUGUUAACUUCUCCUCCACCAUGUCACCCACUGAGCUCCUGCCCUCGUCUUGUUUUGACUCCUUUGACUUUCCUCCUCCUGAAGGCUACAAGAGGGAAGAAGCUUCUAGAGAGCAAGGUCUAUGUUCAUCAAGCUUUUUAAGUCUUAGGUCCUGGUUAAUGUCUGAAGGUUUGAUCUCUUCAGAAGGAGACCUGCUGGACUCCCCUGGUGUUGAUGGUGAAUGGGGGAAUCUUCAGAUACCAGCAUCCUCCCCAAAUUCUGAUUGCCUUUCCUCUCUUAAAACCUCAUCUUCACCCAACCCAACUGCCUCUUGCAUAUCUAAAAAAGUGUCAUCAGCCAAACCAACACCCAACACAUUAAAAACCCCUGAUCCAGCUCCUUCUAGUCCCCAACCCUCUGCACAGCCCAGUUCCUCCGCCAUGUCCUCUCCCACUAAAACACCCCAAACACCGGUUUCUCCAUCAAAGUUCUCCUCCCCUCAAAGGAGGAGGCAGCGUGCUCAGUCAGCAACCUGUAUUAAUAAGUUAAACUUGGACACCCCUCCCUCUGUGUCCCGCCCUGCUACUUACCACCACCCCUACCACCCUGAGCCCUGGACCCCUGAAUCGCCCAUCCUGCUGCUGCUUUCCCGCUUUUCCCACGCCACUGACCCAAGUGCCGCCCUUGUCAGCUCGAGCGUCAUGUCCGGCUUGGUCUUCUACCUCACCCAACACCAGGACCCCAGUGGCAGGUGCCUCCGAAUGCUCUGCAGACUGAGCUGCAACCCGAACUGUUUGCAAGCACUUGUCCGUACCGGCUCAGUCGUACUGAUUCACCACCACCUUUGCCAGAGAGGAGGGGAGAGAGAGGGAGAGGAAAGGCAGACUGGGCGAGUGAAAGCCAAAGUUCGACAAUUUGGUGUCGCUCUUCUUCAUAAUCUGCGUGUGCAGUGCGAGUCUGGAUUUGGCUCAGGGGUGCUGGCCCAUGUGAUGCUUUCAGGCUCUGAGUCUGACAAGAUGAACUGUGCGUUGUCUCUGCCAUUAAUCAGCAGCAACAAAUCUCUGUUGAAGAAACUUCUCCUGGACAGCGGUGGACUGCUCUUAGUUUUACAGCUACUCUGCUGCCAUGACGACGAAGACGAAGAACACCCGCCUCAUUGUAGCAAGUUGCCCUCUGAUUGGUUUAAUUUACCAAAUUCCAGUGCGACUUCUCAACCCCACGCGUUGUACUUCUCCCUCCUUAACGGAUGCCUCUCCGCACUUAUGAGUUGCGCCAAAAUGGAGCUUAACAAGAAACUUCAAAGCCCAUAUACAACACCACCAGACAAAGUUUUCCCUCCUCCUUCAAAAAAGCCUCGCCUGGCUCACACCUGUCCUUAUGGAGGUUCAGACUUUGACCUUCUGUUGCUGCUGGAUGAUGGGACUCAAGUCCCAGCUUGUAGGAAGGCUGUAGCCGGGGGUGAAGAGACAGGUAGAGUAGGUUCUGAGUACUUCAGGGCUCUGUUGGGAGGUGGGUUUGGAGAAGCUCACGGGAAUGCAGAAGAGCCUAUUUGCAUUAAAGAUGUUAGCAUAGGUAUGCUGCUACCUGUACUGCAUUACCUGCAUGGAUGUCGACUUACAAAGGACAAAGACACUACAAGGGAAGAUGAGGAAGACAUAAAAGGACAGUGUCAGAUUUUGGAGAAAGUAGUCCUUGAAGGAUUGAGAAUCUGCCAAAAGCCGACAGAUGAUCCCUCCGCUGAAGAUUUUUCUUUUCAGAAAACAUCUUUAGGCGAGAUGAUGAUUGGAGCGUGCAGAUUUUUGGUGACACAGCUGCAGAGUGAGUUGGAGGGUCUGUGUGUCUCUCUCCUCAUGCCAUGGUCCUCUAAGGCUUCUUGUCAAGAGGAAAACCCUGCAAAGUCUGGGUCUAAAGCUAACCAAGAAUGCCUCGGGUCUGCCGGGGAGAACCUGGGAAGUCCAGCGCCUGAGUUUACGAGUUUUGGCGUGCAAACACAACAUUUAGUGGGGCAGACAAAGAAACCAAACAGCUCAGAACAUCAAACAGACAGUCCUAAGAGUUCGUUAUCAGUAGACAGUAAGACAAUCAAGAGUGCAGCUCCUGUUUCAAAAUCAACCGUUCAAGAACUAAAGGAAGCCAGCACAGCUGAAACACUCUCUACUCUCCUCCCACACUUGUACUGGUUUUCACAGCGGUACAGCUACCCAGUACUGGGUCGAGCCUGCCUGUCUUUGCUGCUUGGCUGUGCAGACUCUUCUUGGACUUUCUCAUCCUCCUCGCUUGCUGCAGAUUGCCUUCGCAGACUUGCCAGAGAGGCAGAUUGCAUGGAGACUCUGAAGCAAGAUCUAAUAAGCAUGGCCACAGCAGCUCUGAGCUGAGCGAGGAGGGAUUAGGUGAGUGGAGAGAUCCAGGCAUGAACACAGAGGGCACAGAUUAACACUGCCCAUUUAGCUUAACGCUUCUGGAAAAGUUGCAACUGCUGCAACUAUUACCUCAAAAACAAGCUGUCUGAAUUUCAUCAGCACAGGACCGUUGAUUUAUUUUCAGAAACUGGAAGCAUACUUUUUUAUUUUCUUUUGACAUAAUCUGGUAGAAACUGUAGCCUGCCCCGACAUGACAUGCUUUUUUUUUGUUUAUCUUCUGAUGACGUAUGAAAUGUAUUCUAAUUUUUAUUUUAAGUUGGGUAAACUGAGCACACAUCAAUGCAUUUGAUAAAUGUCAUGUAACUGGAAGUACUGGAAUGCUGGUUUUGGUGCCAGUUGUUUAUUUUGUAUAUAGAGAUAAUAUGGAUUAGCAGAUUUACUGUGUAUAGAAAGAUUCCAACUGUCCCAUAUCAUUAAUGCCUCUGAAUAUAUUGUUGGAAUAUCACUUCUUGGCUCUUGUUUUCUUAUUUUUGUCUUGUGGGUUUUUAAGAUGGCAACAAACACCAGACAUCGUAGCUUUCAGUAAGUUGAAAUUUUUAACCUCUAUAGGACACUAGUAAAAAUGAUUUAGAUCUGUUUUGAUGCUGUGGGAAAAAUAGAAAUCCUUGGUGGGAACUUUUCUGUUUUAACCUCCAGAAAUUGCAGGCAAAUUCCUGUACAUUGUCUAACUUGCCUGUUUAUUUGUGCUAUUUAAAACAGUGUCUUUAGUCAUCCCUAAAAACAGCGUAUAAGUCCAUUCUAUAAGACAGCAGCAAGUGACAGUUUGUGGGAUUCUGCCCUUUAGGUCACAAACACUAAUGAGUAACAUUCAGAAUUUCCAGAGUAAAAAAAGACUCACUUAAGCCCUGUUCGCACAGGAUUAGUAUUAUCUAUGGACCUCUGGUAAUUUGUGAUAAUCGCGCAGGGUGUCUGUGCUCAAUCCAGUGGGAAUCAGCCAAUGUGUGCAGUAAUAAAAUCCAGGGCAAAUUACCAACCAUAUUUCAGCAUAUGCAUAGUUCCACAGGUAACCCUAAUCCCCUGUGAAUCGGGAUUUCUGUGAUUAAGGGUAGAAAUUGUGGUUUUUUUACGCUCCAUUUGCCUUUUUCUGCUCCUUUAUUUCUGUUCAAAAGAUAAUACAGAGGCUGCGCAGGAGAUGGUCAAGGAAGUUUUGAUGACUUUCUUCAGCUUCCUCUGUCUGAUAAGCAGCAGAUACGCACAGGUCGCAUAUGUGUGUGUGUGUAUAUAUAUAUAUAUAUAUAUAUAUAUAUAUAUAUAUUAAACAGUGCUUAACA